AUGUUUUUGACGACUCCGACGUGUCAUCUGAACACGACACGGACACGCAAUGAGUUACUGCAUGUACUCCAUUCUGAAAUGUACAGUCUCUUAAUCGACACCUACGUGAAGGAUCCGCAUGAGAGAGAGCAUCUGUUCAGUGCCAUUGAGACCAUACCUUGUGUAAAGAAGAGGGCUGACUGGGCCCUAAAGUGGACCGGAGACGAGAAAAGCACUUUUGGGGAUCGUGUGGUUGCCUUUGCCGCUGUGGAAGGGAUAUUUUUCUCCGGGGCCUUCGCAGCAAUUUUCUGGUUGAGGAAAAGAGGACUUAUGCCAGGGCUGACUUUCUCUAAUGAGCUGAUCAGUAGAGACGAGGGUCUGCACACCGACUUUGCCUGUCUUAUGGUCAGCUAUCUGAUCAAUAAGCCUAGUGAGGAUCGCAUUCACCAGAUUAUCGACGAUGCUGUUAAGAUUGAGCAAGAGUUCCUGACGGAAGCUCUUCCUGUGAAGCUGAUUGGGAUGAAUCAAGACCUGAUGAAACAGUACAUCGAGUUUGUCGCAGAUAGGCUGCUGGGAGAACUCAUGUGCAGUAAGCUUUACAACAGCGAGAACCCCUUUGACUUCAUGGAGAACAUUUCUCUGGAGGGAAAGACCAACUUCUUUGAGAAGAAGGUGGGAGAGUAUCAGAAGAUGGGGGUGAUGUCCUCCUCUGAACAACAGAAGUUCACGUUGGAUGCUGACUUUUGAAAGUACAGAAUAAAAGAACGGUAAAAAUCAAACGGUCAUUGUCAUCUUUAUUUUAUACGAUAGAGACUUAGAACCAGGCCAAAUAAGGGCAUG